UUCAACACCCCGAUGAACGUGGAUCGCGCAUUGCGACGCAUGGGCUUCGGGAAUAUGUGCGAUGAGAACAGCGCCGACUUCUCCGGGAUCUCAAAGAAAGAGAAGUUCAGCGUUUCCUCAGUUUUCCACCGAUCUUAUAUCACCUUGGAGGAGGGAGGAACAGCGGACGACGCUGCGACUUCUGGCAUAUUAAACUUAGUCUCCCCUCAGGUCCCCCAGUUCAGUGUUAACCGCCCGUUCAUCAUGAUGAUGUACCACAAAGUCACCAAAACCAUCCUCGGGAUUGGCCGAUUCAUGGACCCC